ACAACGACCACAACACUACUACCGAUGGGCGGUUUUCUAUGGUUCAUCGCUGGUGCAGCUGCGGCCACCAUCUAUUGCAAUGGUCGCAUACAAGCAGGGUACUAUGCCACCAACCCGAAUGGAUACUACGAACGAGGAUGGACGCGUCAGAGUGCACCUCUUGACACUGAUGAAAGGGUGCCGGAAGGCAAUGAGAGGGAACGACGGUACGCGUAUGGAGCCGGAGUGAGGCUAGAGGGCCAACAACGAUUCGGAUUGGAGCUACCUCAACAGCCCCGAGAGAGAACGGAAGCUCCGACGCCACCACCGCCCCCACCUCAGCAGGAGGAACAAGCUUCGCUUGACCACAUCAGAGAGCUCAGUAAACAAGCAGACGAGGCUAUGUCUGACUUGUCUGAAGCUACACUUGAUUCUCUCAUGGCGACUAUAAUUGCGGCCAAGAACAAACUCGUAGAACGUCGUGCCCAGCGGGAACAGGAGGAGAAGCGGGCGUCGGAAGCGAACAAGUUUCCCCCUCGCUACGUCUGAGUUUCCUCGUUGACAACGAGAGUAGAUGACACGGACUGGGCUGACUCGUG